AUGGCUUCUGCUGCUCUUUCAUCUCCCCAGGUGGGCUGCAGCAAGGGGUUGUUUGAGUUUUCUGGGCUCCGCAGCUCGUCAUCGCUUCUCCCUUUCUCUAGGAAAUCGAACGAGGACUUCCUUUCCGUUGUUGCCUUCCAAACUUGUGCUAUUGGUGGGAAGAGAAAGCAGAGAGGUGGGGUAAAGGCAGAGCUGAAGGUGGCGAUCAAUGGGUUUGGAAGGAUUGGUCGCAACUUCCUGCGGUGCUGGCAUGGGCGCAAGGGCUCCCCACUGGACGUAAUUGCCAUCAACGACACAGGAGGUGUGAAGCAGGCGUCUCACCUUCUCAAAUACGAUUCCACCCUUGGAAUCUUUGAAGCGGACGUGAAGCCCGUUGGCACUGACGGCAUCUCUGUCGACGGCAAGCUCAUCCAGGUCGUCUCCGACCGCAACCCGGCAAACCUCCCGUGGAAGGAGUUGGGCAUUGAUCUGGUGAUCGAGGGAACUGGGGUUUUUGUUGACAGAGAUGGUGCAGGGAAGCACAUUGAAGCCGGGGCCAAGAAGGUUCUCAUCACAGCCCCGGGGAAAGGUGACAUCCCCACGUAUGUCGUGGGCGUCAAUGCGGAUGAUUACAACCCAGACGAGCCCAUCAUCAGCAACGCUUCUUGCACCACAAACUGCCUCGCCCCUUUCGUGAAGGUCCUCGACCAAAAAUUCGGCAUCAUCAAAGGGACGAUGACGACAACCCACUCGUACACCGGGGACCAAAGGCUCCUGGAUGCCAGCCACCGCGACCUGCGCCGUGCUCGCGCUGCCGCUCUCAAUAUCGUGCCCACGUCCACAGGGGCGGCAAAAGCAGUGGCCCUCGUCCUCCCACAGCUCAAGGGCAAGCUCAACGGCAUUGCCCUCCGCGUCCCAACCCCCAACGUCUCUGUCGUCGACCUCGUAGUCCAGGUUCAGAACAAGACCUUCGCAGAGGAGGUCAAUGCUGCCUUUCGCGAGGCCGCCCAGAAGGAGCUCGCUGGAAUCCUCUCCGUGUGCGACGAGCCCCUCGUCUCUGUCGACUUUCGCUGCAGCGAUGUAUCGUCCACGGUUGACUCCUCCUUGACCAUGGUCAUGGGGGAUGACAUGGUCAAGGUCAUUGCCUGUCGUCCAACCAUAACCCAAGGUGGAGGAGAUCCGGCAACCAUAACCCAAGGUGGAGGAGAUCCGACAACCGUAGCUCAGGGUGGAGGAUAUCCGGCGGUAGUAACCCAGGACGGAGGACAGCCGGUGAUACCUCCAGCAAAUAGAGAGCAGGACAGGGUGGUUGAACCACCAUCUCAAGCAAAUCGGGUAAUAGCGCAAAAUGAAGGAGCUAGAGCCCAACCUGAACCACCAUUGAUGGCGGAUCGACCUUCAGAACAACAAGUAGUGACUCUGACCAGAGAGCAGCUAGAACAGAUGAUAGCCAAUGCUACGGCUCGAGCAGUGCGGCAGGUAAUAGCUAGUCAAUCUCAAGCAACAGCUGCACCAACGUCGAUGAGUGAAGCCAACAAGGAGAAUGCAUCUAGCCGUAGAGAAGCACCUCAUCACGGAGGAGAAAUUGGUCGAACAAGUGAGGCAAUUACAGGAGAGGGUCGAUGGCCGGCCAUCUGGUCGAGUUAG